UUUGUUUAUCUUACACUACGAGGGGCAAAACGGGCAAGAGAUCGAGAGAGGAAAUGCAGAAAAGAGAGCAAGGCAAACAAAGCUCAGGGUCGGGCACCGCCCCCACACCGGCGAAGAGAGGACGCCCAGUCGGAAGUGGAAGCAACCAAGUUGCUGCGGCAGCGGCCGCUGCAGCCGCUGCCGCAGCUGCAGCCACUGAUUCAGCUGCAGCUCCACCACUCGCUGGUCCCUCCCUACAAGUACACCCCCUCUUCACUGAGCUGAAUUACAAAAGGAUUGUUCUUGCUCUUCAAAGCGGGUUGAAAAGUGAGCUGACAUGGGCAUUCAAUACUCUCACAUUGCUUUCAUUCAAAGAAAAAGAUGAAGUUCGCAGAGAUGCUACCCCUCUUUCGAAAAUUCCCGGGUUGCUCGACGCUUUACUUCAAGUCAUAGAUGACUGGCGUGAUAUAGCCUUACCAAGGGUGCAUGUGAAAGAACCUAGGGUGAGACUCUUGGGUGCAAAUUCUCUUGUUACUGGAUUCGGAAAUAAAAAUGAUGCUUUGGGGCAAAAUAAUUUAGUUUCCAUUCAAAGCUCUGCAACUGGAUCUGGAUCUUCUAUCAAAGAGACAUCUAUUAAAAAGACUUCUCAUCGUUCUGGUUGGUGGUUUGAAGAAGACGGCCUGUUCAGUUUGGAUGAGGAAGGGAGAGCUGAAAAGCAACAAUGUGCUGUUGUGGCCUCUAAUAUUAUUCGCAAUUUCUCUUUCAUGGCAGAUAAUGAAACUAUCAUGGCUCAGCAUCGACAUUGUGUGGAAACCCUAUUUAUUUGUCUUGAGGACUAUGUUGUAGAGGAUGAGGAGCUUGUGACGAAUGUGCUUGAAACUAUUGUUAAUUUGUCCCAUUUGCUAGAUCUUCGAAUAUUUAGUUCAUCAAAACCUUCUGUACUUAACAUGAGAGAGAACCGUGCUGUCCAGGCUAUCAUGGGAAUGCUGGGAUCUUCUCUCAAAGCCUGGCAUUGUGGGGCUGCAGAAUUGAUUGGUCGUCUGAUUUUAAAUCCCGAUAAUGAACCAUUCUUUCUUCCUUUUGCUUUACAGAUAUAUAAAAGGUUGGUCGAUAUCAUGAGCCUUCCUGCGAACGAUGCUCAAGCUGCUGCUGUGGGUGCAUUGUACAACCUUGUGGAAGUAAAUAUGGACUGCAGACUGAAACUUGCUAGUGAACGAUGGGCAAUUGAUAGGUUAUUGAAAGUCAUAAAGUCACCACACCCAGUAUCAGAAGUUUGCAGGAAGGCAGCCUCAAUUCUGGAGAGCCUAGUGGCAGAGCCCCAAAACAAGCCCCUUCUGCUCGUCUUUGAAACCGCUUUCACUGAGAUUCUCUUUGCUGAUGGAAAGCAUUCUGAUAUAUUUGCAAGGAUACUCUGUGAGCUAACAUCACGGCCAGGCAAAGCCACACUAGCUCGAGGUAUUUGGGGCAUGUAACUUCUAAUAUCUCCUCUGUUUUGCUGGUGUGAUACCAAGACCCAUUUUGUUACUCCCAGUUAGUUUCACUUGUGCUUUACUCCAUGAAUAAUACUCCGUACAUAAGAUAAAGCAAGUGUAAAUCAUAACAAGAGAAUUAGAAUGUUUUGUAUUUUUCAAGUGGCAGGUAGCUUGAAAUUUAAGUCCUCUCUACACUAGGAGCCCGUUUGGUGACCCAGUUUUUCGGCUUAAUCGGGCUUAUGGGCCAACUUUUUCACCAAACACACCACUUUUGAUUUCGUGCAUUGAAUUGUGUAAUAAUAAGAAAAAGUAAUGUUUGAGUUACUUUUCUAGCUGUAUUGGCUGAAUUUACUAUAGAGGACCAUUUUGGCUAUUUUUCCAUAUAAUUUUUUCUUUAUUUUAUUAAUAAAAUAUAUUGCAAAUAUAAUUUUUUUUAUAAAUCGGAAGAAUCAACUAAUCCAGUUACUUCAGUCAGAACUUCAUAAAUUUCAGCAAAAUAAGCCGAUUCGUCCAAUUUCGGUAUUACCAAACGGGCUCUAGAUCUCAUUCAUCUGAAAGGAUUCUUAUAUUUUAUGAGUUUUUUCGCGCAUAUACCUGAUAUGAAUGUAAUGCGCCUGAAUGUAAUUCCAUUUUAGCG